AUGGACUGUUUUUUUAUCAUACUUUUCCUUUUGAAGGUUUGUAUUUUUAUCAACAGAAUUUAAAAAAUAAACAAAACAUCAAUUUUAGAACACUAGUUUUACUCCAUCAUCAAGUGAUCCUGUGAUCGACGUUGUUCUCAAUGCUGUUAAAAAAUUAGAAUCCGGCUUAGAAAACGAGCAAGAAGAAAUUACCCGGCUGAAACUUCGAAUGGAUGAACUUCAAAGAAUGAAAGAAGUCAACCCAAAAUUUGAUCGAGUUUGUUAAAUUUGUUUCAUGGCUUCAAAAUUAUUCUUGCUUACAGAAUAAACCGAAGCCUCAUUCUCGAAUAUGGACUGAACCGAUCCCCGUCUUGGUAUCAUUUUUUUUAAAGAUAUGGACAACUUGAUUUUGCAGGUUUUUGCUUGUAAUCGAGCCAUAGCGGUUAAAGAACACGUCAAAAAAUUAUUGAGGUUGGAGAACUACUUAUUUGAAAAACACUUUCUUUUAAUUUUGAUGAAAAUUACGAGCUCCCGUGUUUCAGAAGUAUUAUUUUUACCUGACAAACCUAAUUUCAUUUUUUUAAACAGGGAAUAAUCUUACAAAAUAAAAUUAUAUUGCAGUGAUUGAAAGAGUCAAAUCUAUAAAAUUUUUUUAAUUACUUUUUAAGAGAUAACUUUCCUUUCAGUUUUUUUCCGUGAAUGAAUGUUAGUAGGUAAAAAGUUUUCGUUCAGCCUUCCUUACAGCAUAUGCAAUCAUAUGAAACUCAUUAAAUUUUGUGGGAAAACAGAGAAAAAAAACUUUCUGAUUAUAAAAACAAAAAAAAAUUUGCAGGCUACGCCAUCCCAAUGACCGCGAAAAGUUUCCAAUAAUUGUGAGCCAAGAUUGCGACGAUUUAUCUGUUCGAGACGCUGUGCAGUCCUUCGGCCAAGAAGUGCAAUACCUCAAGGUUUUCAUUUGUUUGAAAAACAACGUUUAAUAAACACAACGCAAAUCCAAAACUCUGAAAAAUUCGAUUCCAAAAUAAAACAUGCAGAGGUAAGAAGAAUACAAAUAGGAUUUUUGAAGAAGUUAUAUUUUUAGUUUUUCAAGAGUAUAGACCUAAGGUUUCCUUGCUUUUAACCAAAUGAUAAGUUCGGGAGAGAGCGGGUCUCUUGGAGUUACAUUUUUGGAAGCUAGCGACAUUUCGGGAUUAUCAUCUGUCUCUUCAACGGUUUUCGAGUAAACCUGCAGAAAAUUCAUAACUUCAUCCAAUCAUUUGGUAUUAGCCGAUUUCCAAUAAACUCCAAUUCUGGAUUUUUUUUUUGUGGAUUAACUCUAAUUUACAAUAGAAAUAUAUUUUCAGCAUUUAGCCGGGGAAAAAGCAAACAUCACUAUACCGAACAAUCAUCGCAUGUACACGGCCUACUAUCGAAUCGCCAGACAUUACAAGCUUGCUCUCAACGAAAUCUUCAAAAGAUACACAAGCGUCAUCAUAACAGAGGGUACCUUCCUUUUUUUCAACUAUUAUGUUUGAAAGUUUUCAGAUGAUUUGAAUAUUUCCGAAGAUUUUUUCUCUUACUUCUCGGCGACGCGUUAUCUUCUAGAAAAUGAUCCCAAGCUCUGGUGCGUCUCUGCUUGGAAUGACAACGGCAAGGUUAGUUUUUUUUUGUUUAUUCCAUAGAUUCUCUACAUUCAAAAAGGGAAUAUCAAUUACAAAAAAAUGCUUGGCUCUUCUGCGAGUAGAAAAAAAUGAAAAAUGUGACAAGCGUUAUUUUUUUGUUUAAAAAAAACUUCAUUAUUGUCUAAAAGAUAAGAAAAAAAAACACUUUUUCAAACGCAAGGGCUAUUAUCCAUAAUCAAAAACUGAUAGGAAAAAAAACGUUAUUUGAAGAACUUAAAAGAAAUACAGCGUCGUUAAACGCAUUUUCAGCUCAUUGAUGAUUUUCUAAGCUUGAAUUUUUCCGAAGACUUUAUUGUAUACUAUGAAUUUUGGCUAUUUCAAUUUUUCAGAUUGGUUCGAUUGACUUGGACGCUGCUGAAAAGCUUUAUAGGAGUGAUUUCUUCCCUGGACUAGGUUGGAUGAUGACAUCGUUAGUUUUCUAUCUCACUUUAAAUAAUAAAAUAAGUUGCAGAAAGCUUUGGAACGAGUUGGGACCAAUUUGGCCCACUGGAUUUUGGGACGAUUGGAUGCGAGAUCCUCUACGAAGAAAAGUAAAUUUCUUGAAUUUUUUUUAUUACGAAUAUUUCAGGGAAGACAAUGUAUUCGACCGGAAAUCAGUAGAACGGGAAUGUCGAAUUACGGCAAAGAGGGGGCAAGCAAGUGAGAGUUGAUAAAUCUCCUAAUCGUUCAUUCUGAUUUUUCAGAGGGCAGUUUUUCAGUAAGCACCUUGCAAAAGUUCACCUCAACGAGAAGUUUGUUGAUUUCAAAGACAUGAAUCUUGAUUUUCUGUUAGAGGUUCGAAAAACAUACAAGAAUUGUUUUGAUUUUUAUUUUUCUUCCAGGAAAAUUACAACCGCACAUUUUUGGAGGAGGUGAAUUCGGCCUCCCUUGUACCUAUUGACGAAGCUCUUCGAGCCACCAUGCUUCAAAGUAACGGAGAAAAUAAACCGAACAAGUUCAGGUCAGCGUUUAUAGGUUUUUCUGAUCCUCAUUUCCGGAAAUUAAAAGUUCUCUAGUUAUUUUCAAGCAUUUUGUGGCACUUUUUUUGAUUAAAUUGAUUUUUUGAUUUUUGAAACAUACGAAAAUUGAAAAAAUGUAAAAAAAAAUAGCUCCUUGGUAGAUUCAGCAGAGCCUUUUUGAAUACUCUCAUGUCUGAAUAAAUUGAAUUGAAUUGAAUUGAAAAAAAUACAUGAAAGGAGGGUAUAAAACUUUGCUCUUCUGAGGACAUUUUUCUCAGGAGGAAACUAUCAAAUAAAAAAUUUUUCAAAAGAAAAUUUUGAGUGAAAAUUCAGAGUGACUUUUUCGGGGAAUAGAGACUAUAUCCUCAAGGCUGAUGCUUUUACAUAUAAUGCACGACUUCAAGGUAAAUCAAACAAUCAUUUUUUUAUGAAUUGGAGAAAUAUCUUACAGGCAGGAGUUCCGCGCACAGCCUACAACGGCAUUGUUACGUGCUUCAUAAAUGGAGUUCGAAUAUUUUUGAUACCAGAUCCAGAAAAUUGGUCAGGUUAUGACCCGGAAUGGUAUGUUUUUCCCGAAUUCGGCGAGUAG